AUGAGGAUCUUAAAGCAGGACAAGGAAGCUUAUCACGGCAAUUGGCACUAUGGUUAUGGUAACACUGAGGAGGAUGUCGUAGAGGUCUCGGGGUGCCGGAGCUACGACCAUGAUACGUCUUUACCGAUUGCCGCGGCUGCCAUCAAGUUGGUGAAAACAGGAGAAUCCGCCACGAUUGUCAACUAUCCGUUGGUUGUCGAAGUACGUGAGCUGCAUGCAUAG